AUCAACGUAACUCUAGUGCGACCUUGGGGGCUGUAAUGACUUUUCCCCGAAUUGUGUUUUUCGGGGAUUCAUUGACACAGGUUGUGGUUUUCCGCAUGCAGUAAACUUUCUGUUACGAAAAAUAAGAAUUAAUUUAAACUUUAGAUAUAUUUAUAUUACUCAAAUGUUUAAGGUCUCGUUUAAUCGAAUACAAACUUAUCUACCACUAGCAAUUGCUAUAGAUAAGUUUGUGUUAACACAUAGGUGUAGUCAGGAAAGUGGGUAUUUUAUGUUGCAUUUUCCAAAUUUCUGCCCACGUAUCAACUUAUCAAAAUUCUCUGUCUCUCCUACUUUGCCUAUGUGAGUCCUUUGACUAGGCUGGUAGUUCUUAAGCCUACAAAAUUGCUAAAUUAAUUCUGCACUAACAAGCUGGAGAAUUUUUUUUUCAGACCUGGGAUAUGUCAGUAAAAACGUUGGGGGUUUUUCUUUCGAAAGUGGGCUGUUUUUAACGAGAUGGGCAUCACUGACACAUAUAUAUAUAUGCAUAUACAUAUACAUGUAUGUAUAGGAUCAUGAUCCAAUACUAAAGGAAUAUUUUGUAUGCUUGAAAAACCUAGUAUGUUACGAAAUAAUGAGGCUAGUCUAAAGAUUGCAUUAGACAUUGAACAAAAAGCUGUGUUCAAAUCUUGUUUGUCAAUCUUAAAUCGAGGCUGAAAACGCUUAAAUGAUGCUGAGGAUAAUGUCAAUAUGCACUGAGCUAGUGCAGAAAGCAGCAAAGAGUUAGUUUUUCCCCACGGAAUAUCAACCAUUUCAUAAUCAAUUGGGAAUUUACUCACUAUAGGAAAAAGCGUUCAGGAUUCGCGAGCUUUACUUCAACAUUAUUUUGGGCUUGGCUUCUAACAAUCUGUUGAUAACUUUAACUAAUGGACGAAGUUGCAUUCAACUAACAGUGGUCGCUUGUAACUUCGAGCAUAAAGUCCUCAUUCAGCAGAUUAGUUUAACAGUUAUCUCUUCCGUCAAAGACAUUUCUUUACGAAUUUUUGACUUGAGUGAAGCCUCCAGGCAAAGAAUUGCAGCUGAUUUUGCAUGUUUUUAACUGUGUCUGUGUUUCAAGACGUGACGAAAAGUCACCAUCUUCUUGACGUACCUGAUUUGUCGUUCAAAAGGCCUGAAAGUUGACUAUUUGCAUACACUUAAUCUUUCCAUUUGCUUUCUGAAUGGACUUCUCACCUAUCCUUUGGCUAAACCAACCCUUGGUUUUCUUUACCUAGUGUCACCGAUACCAGUGUUUGUCAUAACCAUAGACUCUGUUAGUUUAUAAUUUUUGCCACCUCAUUAAGUGGGAGUUGUCAGGAAUGGUUUUCAGUACAUCUAUUAGUUAUAAGGGAGCUAUUAAGAUCCACUCAUUUUCUCACUGCUUUGUAGUGUAUUAGUAGUUUAAAAUAGUGCAGGGUAAAUUCGUGUCUGCAUAAUUACCUAGCCACUUUUUUAAACAAUUUUUUUUUCUUCCAUAUUAUAUAAGUUUACUUCAAAUAUCAUACAGCGAUGCCGUGAUACUUCAAAUAAACUUAUCUAAUAUGCAAUUGUAUUCUGCCAUAGUGCUUAAGUUCACUCAUUCGUGCUUCUGGUGUUAUAUAUCAAUGGGAAAUAUUUUGAUGCCGAGUUAUGUUAAUAUCAUUCGAUGGUGUAGACCUAACGCUUGCUGGACACAAAAUGUUUGUUCGGUAAUUAUUCGUGAUUGCUUCAAGACCUGGUCAUUCCGCGUAGUAGUAAACACGUAACUCACUGGCUGCAGCACCUGGAUUUCGGCCAGUGGUCUUCGUUUUCAAAUGAUGCUUCUUCUACUUAAGUUUGGGCAGUUGAGUAGUGUCAUCUUUCAUUACACAAAAUGUUUGGCUCAGACUAGUGCAUAAAAAUUCUAUUUCGGACAAGUUACCACCUUGUAGGCAACAAAUUUAUUCCUUUCUGUUUAUUGUUUGAUGUGUUUAAAAUAUUUAAGACUUCUGCAAUCAAUCUUUAUGUAAGUAUGAACUCCAUCUUAGAAUCUCAACACAGUGAAAAUGAACUCUUCGUCAACUUCCAUUGACAUAUAUUAAUAUAACUAGAUAUCUUGCUUUUAGUAUGUGAAAUGGUUGAGAAUGGGAGAUAUUCUGCGCGUUCGAUCAUUGGUAUCUCCGUAGGAACACUCGUGUAAGGUAGCGUCACCAUGUAAAUAAUCCUGAGUUCUGACGAUAAGUGAAGAUUGUCUUCCAAUCAAUUUUAUUGUCUUGGGACAUCUGCUUUGGUAACUUGAUUAUGUACUAUGAGUAUCAUUCAAUACACUCCUCCCAUACCGUUCUUUGUUUCCUAUACCUUGAACUGCACAGAGAAAUCAGACAGUUCAUCAACUUAUGAUGUGGUGUUGUGGAAUGGAAGUAGACAACACCAUUGGGUGAGGGGGAUCUGAAGAUGCUAUCAUAUUCAGUUCAAAAUCGAUGGUGAACAUGCUGCAGUAUGAAGUUACGAGCACUCUUUUGAUUAUGCUUGUUUCAUUUUGUUUUUCCCCGACAACUUUUUCGGUUUUUAAUCAGGCUUUAAAAAUAUCUUCUACGCCACUAUUCUUGUUAUUAAAUUCCGUCUGUAUGAUUUUACUGAGUAAAAGCAGAAGUAGCCUUACUUUUAUAUCGGAUUUCGUGGUCUCAGAAUACUUAAUGGUUGGUCAGCUAAAACAAAUUGAUGUUGACUUCUGGUCAUGGUGCACCCUAUAUCAGUCAGCGUAAUGACUGUGACAAUAGGGAUCUCAUUCCUCUCAAUGCAAGUGAAGAACGUCACUUAAGGAUAUUCAGCCUCUGCAUGCAAUAAAGUCGGGAGCUGGUCAAGGAGAACAUAAAUUACAAAAUUAUUCCAUAAGUUGUUUCUGCUAGACAAGAAAUACAGUUGUCUAGGCAGUGUAGUAUCCUCUAAAAACAUCUCGAAGGGUGGCUUACAGUUUCCAGGCCUUAUGUUUGUACACUUCAUGUGAGGCACUAGUCAUAUAGUGGACAACCUAAAAGUGUUCAAGAUAAUCAACAGAUGAAAGAAACCAAUGCGUUGGUUAUUCCUGAGGCAUUCGUCGUCAGACAUUUGAAACCAAGUGUAUGCAUCAAGGAGAAGACAGUGUUCAGCCUCGCAUUAUCUUAGUGAUUAUAAUUACAAAACAGUUAUACAGUCACUUAGUUUGGUAUAUCUUAUAGUUCUGUUUCAUUUUUCAUAUGAAAUCCGUUACCUUACUCUUUCGAUUAUUGUAAAUUGUUUUAGCUUAACAAUUUCUGGUUAGACAUUUUGAACUCCCCCUAUUUUUCAUGAAUAUUCCUCUAAUUAUCCUAUGAAUAGUUAGUCCUUUUAACAACUGGUAAGUGAUGUACUUUCACCACUUACGUUACCUAGAGUGAAAGUACUAUUUAGGUUGUAAGGAGUUAAAAUGAAUCCGUCAAAUGAUAAAAACGAGGUCUUAUUAUCCCGCUAUGUUUUUUAUUCUUGCUCGCUGGAAGUUCAAAGUGGAAGUAAGCAUCAGUUAUCAAUCUGCCUCUUUCAAAAUUAGACAGGCUUUGUUGAAUCCAAAAGCAACAUUAAAUAAGAAAAUCUUAAGCUUUACUAAAAUGUACUUAUUAAGACCUGUAUCAUAUAUUUUCACCAAAAUACUUUCAGGUCAAUUAGUGGGAAAGUCGGGUUGAAAUCUUUAGUGUUAUCACUAUUUUUAUGAUUCCUUGCGCUCAAAUAUUUAUUAAACCAAACAAUUUAUUAUUUGACUUAUUGUGUUUCAGUUUGGCUGGACUCAUGAAGGGGGCUGGUUGUCAAUUCUGGCUUCAGUAUUUGUCAGGAGGGUUGACGUAAUCGGAAGAGGAUUUUCUGGUUACAACACACGUAUGUGUAAAGCUGUGCUUCCACUUCUCUAUCCGAAUAAGGAUUCACUAAAGGACUGUGUAUUUUUCACAAUUUUUCUUGGAGCUAAUGAUGCUUGUUUAAGUCAGCAGCAGCAUGUGCCAAUUGAAGAGUAUAAAAGGAAUCUACAAUGGAUGAUUAAAUAUCUUAAUCAAAUGGAGUUACCAGUGGAUCACAUCCUGUUGAUUAGUUUACCUCCUGUAGAUGAAAAUAAGUGGGGUGUCACUGAAAGAGCUGAAGGGCUACCGCUCACACGGAAGUUAGUGAACUAUGCAAAUUAUGCAAUUGCAUGUGAAGAAGUUUCAAAAUUGAAUCAGGUUAAUCAUAUCAAUUUGUUUGAGGCUAUGAUCAACCAAAAAGAUUGGGAAUCUUUUCUUUCAGACGGCUUACACUUCUCUAGAAAAGGGUCUGAAUUUUUAGCCAACAUUUUACAGGCCUUCUUCGCUGAUAAACUAAGUGGUUUAAAAUGGUGGUUCCCAGAUUGGAAAACUAUAAACCCGAUAACUCCAGAGAUGUCUAUCAAUGGCGAUCAUGAAUCUAAAGUGUGAUUUUUCAUUCAGAAUUUUGUGAAUAAUACAUUUCCUCACAUGUAA